AUGAAAAAUCUUGUUAACUAUUUAAGCGCAUUAAUAUUGAUGCUAUUGCACAUGAUAGGAUAAGUUAGCAGUUAAACACCUUUUAAUUCAGUUGCUGUUACUGUACCAACCAACAAUAAAGUUUUGGCAACUUCUGACCAUCGAAUAUUAUUAAAAUUCACUACAUCACCUUUAAGUACUAUUCCAACAGGAAGCAUUCUCUCCAUAUAAAUAUCACCUACAAAUAUUUUUUUUUUUGGAGCUAAUUCUCCUGAUCCUAGCUCAAUAAGAUAUACUAUAGGAUCUUAAAGUUAAUAGAGUUUAGCAUAGGCAUCAGUUUAAGCUAAUUAAUAGGCUUCGUAUUAUGAAUUACUCCUAUCUAACAUAAAUUAUAAUUUUGCAAAUACUGAUAAUUCUAUGGAGGUUGUUUUUACUAUGUAAAAUGCAAGAUGCAACUGCAAAGCUACCUUUUUAGUAACAAUUUAAAAUCUAGGUGGAGCUACAAAAUAUUAUAGAGGAUCAGGAAGUUUUAGUUAUACUUAAGAGUAAAGCACUUGUAUAAAUAUGAGUGUGAAUGAUGGGACUACUGGAAAAAAGGGAUUAACUGCUAAUUUUAAUUUUUAACCAAAAUAUAAUAUUUAAGCGAAUUCAUAAAUCCAGAUUAAAUUUACAAAGUGGUUUCCUGAUCUAUAAGAGGGAGUAUUUUUUGAUUUUGGAGACUCAACUAAUCUUCCAAGCUCAUGUUCUUAUAUACCUGCUGCAGGUUAAAAUGGCUUGUACAAUCCUUCAUUUACUUGUACACUUUUUGUCUCUGAUCAGACAAUAAAAUUUUUAAAUAUUAACUCACUAGUAAUGCCAAAUAGUUAAUAAUACCAAUUAUAAUUAACUUAAUUUAGAAAUCCUUUCUCCACUAUGCCUGAGACUAUAAGUCUUUGGAUUUCUGAACUGAUUCCUUCGGGAGGAGAUUAUUAGCUAAAAGAAUCAUGUACUUUUACUACGACUCCAACAACUCCUGUUACGUUUGUUUACACAACUAAUCCUGCAACACCAGUUCAGACUUAAGGAUCAGUUCAAACAUUAACUUUUUAAGGAGUAACAAAUACUCCAUUUGAUACAGGAACCUUCCUAAGAGUCAUCUAUGACUCUUAAAUUGGAAUAACAUAUACUCCAACUUCAUCUUCGGGUACUUCGAUUGGGGGAGGAAAAAUGUAACUAGAUAUUUAAAAUUUUUUUCCAAGCAGUUUAGCUACUGGCUCACAAUACAGCUUUAGUUUGUAAAUAACAAAUCCUAUGUAUGCAACUUAGAAUAAUAUUAGCUUUAUGAUAAUGUACAAAAGUUUGUCUUCAACUAUUUAUUAAUAAGAAUAAAUUUAAAGUGCCUUUCAAUAUUCAACAAUUGCAGGAAGCUUAACUGCAUCAUUAGUAACAAUAGCUGAUCCAACUAUUUCUGUUAUAACUUCAUAUACAUUUUCAAUAACUGUUAAUUAAAAUUAUAGUCCAGGACAAAUUCUGUAUUUCUCAUUUCCUGCUUCUUCAUUCAGCUUUUCUUCGCCAUCAUGUUCAUGGAUUUCUGGAGCAAAAAUUAGCAACUCACUUACCUGCUCUACUUUAUCCACUACAGAAAUUUAGUCAACAAAUAUAUUUACAAGCUCAUUGGUUCCAGGAGAUACCUUCUAAAUAUAGAUAAAUGGAAUUUAAAAUCCUCCAAAUACAGCACCAUCUGCAUUUAUAACUAUUAUUACUAAAACAGCUCCAGGGAACAAUCCUAUUGAAUAAAAUAGCUCUAUCUAAGUCACAGCUUAACCUAAACUGUUAACAGCUUAAAUAGCGAGUGUAAGUAGUAAUGUUGUAUAUAGUACAACAUCUAUUACAUUUAAUAUUACCCCAGCAAUAUUGGUGCCACAAAGUGGUAUGAUUUAAAUAACAUUUCCUUCAGAUCUAACAUAUAAUACUAACCCCUCUCUCGUUACUCCAGUUAAUUUAGGUAAUUUGUUUAGCAUUUUUAAUAAAUCUUUAUUUUACAAACAAAUAAAAUUUAAUAAUAUUUAUUAUUUCAAAUAAAUACUAGGGGGCACCACACUUCAAGGCACAUAUCCUAAUCUUUAGAUUAUUUUAAAUAGUUAAGCCCUUGCUGCAAAUACUCAAGUUUCAUUCACUUUAGUUGGUAUAAAAAAUCCAACAUCUACCAAAGAAUCGGCAUCUUUUAUUAUAAUAACAAUGGAUUCACUAGGCAACCCAAUUUAAAAAAAGAGUACAGGAUUAACUGUACAAAUGAAUUAAAGAGCAACAACUUCAAGCGUUACAAUAACAGGGACAAACUAAUUCACUGGAGCUUCCAAUGUUAAUUACACAUUCAAGAUAGUUCUUGCUGUCCCAUAAACUGGUUCUUGUCUAUUCACUAUUAAUUUUCCAACUUAAAUAGCUCUUAAUCCAUCACCAUCAUGCUAAAUAGGAGUUGGAAUUACUUCGAUAUCUUGCACAUUAACUACUAAUACUAUUAAGGCAACAGUCACAUUUGGUACAUUUCCUGCUGACUCUACAGUCAGUUUUGUAGUUUCAAAUGCAAAUAAUUACCUCAUUUCUGGAGUCUAUCCGUUUAGCUUUACAUCAGAUACAAGUUCAGGAUAUUUUAUAGAAGGAAACCCUACUAUUAAUUAUACUCUUAAUCCAUCUUAAUUAACAACUGCUACUGGGAAAAACAUUUAAUCCGUAAUGACGAAAACAGAUAAUAUUUAUUAAAUAAAUAUUACUCCAAAAUAAACACUUCCUAGUAAUUUACCUUAAUCAAAUACCUCAGUAGAUAUUACUCUCCCAUCCUAGGUAAAUAUAAUGGGAAAUACUGUGUGUUAAGUUAUUUCCCCAACAAGUAUUACCUGUGUAAAUGAUUCAGUAAAUAAAAAAUUUAAGUGUAGUCCAGCUGGAGAUUUUUCACAACCAAUAGUCAUUAAAAUUACAAAUUUAGGAUUUAACUAUACUCCAACAGGUUAGAGCGAUUCUUUAAUAGUUUCAACAUCUUAUAAUGGAAGCCCUAUCGAUUAAUCUAAUAAUGGAAUAACACUAAAUCAUAACUGUGAUCCUAAUUGCUUUCAAUGCAAUCCUAUAAAUUCAAAUACAUGUACUUCCUGCUUUGAUAGUUCACUAACAGCUAAUUAUUUACUUUAGGGAACUCAAUGUACUAACAUAUGUGGUCCUGGAUAUAUUGCUCUUACAGGAAAUAAUGUUUGUUAACCUUGCUAAAAUAAUUGUGCUACUUGUGUGACAAAUUAAACUACUUGCUCUUCAUGCUCUGGAAUUUAUUAUUUGUCUGGGAAUAAUUGUGUGGCAACUUGUCCUCCUGGAUAUUAUGGAAUUAACAAUACUUGCUAAUAGUGCAGCUCUCCUUGCGCAACAUGCUCUGGUUAGAGCACAUACUGCUUGACCUGUUUAAACAAUGCUCAAAAUAAUAUAAAUAUCUAUUCUUACAAAGGAACCUGUGUAUCCUAAUGCCCUCAAGAUGUUUCUAUUCCUUCAAAUUAUCAAUGCUUACCAUGUGCUGCUAAUUGUGCAAAAUGUUAAAGCGAUGUGAAUAAUUGUCUUGUGUGUCAAAGCCCAUAUUAUUUGAACGGAAGUGUAUGCGUUUAAACUUGCCCAAACUCUACUUAUCCAAACGCAGGAAAAUGCUAAUCGUGUUUUGCUCCUUGCGAUACUUGUUCUGGAGGACCAUCUAAUUGUACUAGUUGUCAAUCACCAUACUAUGUGUAUAACGGAGGAUGUGUUAAUGCUCCAUGCCCUAAUGGUACAUACUAAAUUGAUUCAAAUAGAUCAUGCAAUAGUUGUCCAAAAGGAUGCUUAGCUUGCACUUCUUUAAGCAAAUGCACAGUUUGUGAUAAUUCUUCAGGAUAUACAGUACUUUACAAUAAUUAAUGCUUAACUCAGUGUCCUUAGGAUAAACCUUUCCAAACGAGUAGUGGCUGUGAAGCCUGUGAUUCUUCUUGCUUGACUUGUAAGAAUUCAGUAGAUUAUUGUACUUCUUGCAGCGGCUCUUUAUAUUUAUAUAGUGGAAAAUGUAUUUCCAGUUGCCCUAAUGGAUUUGUUAAAAAUAGUUUGACAAAUACUUGUGAAAAUCCUCAAACAAAAGAAACUAGAAUCUACUUCCCAUACUUAAUUGGAGCUUGUAUAUUUAUUGCAAUUACAGCUGCAUCAAAAAUAAUGGUUAAAUAGAGUUAAUUCUUUACUAAUGCAACAGCUUUUACAUCUAUUUUUGAAUUUUUAAGCUGGCUCACUACAGGAAUAUUGAUGUUUAAUUACAAUAGUACUUAUGCAGACAAAACUAUUGAAGCAGGUUUAGCUGUUUUUUGGUUAGGAUUCAUCAUCUAUGUCAUUACAAAUAUUAUUGUAUUCUUUUAUGCUAAAAAAAAAUACUUAACUGAUAUAAGAUUCUAGACAUGGAGAUAGUCUACACGUGGAAAUCAACACAGUUCAGUAGUCAUUCAAACAUUUUCUUUGAUAUUUUCUUUUAAGUUUUUCCGUUUUAUAUAUGGAAGAUUUUUAAAUCGCUCAUACUUAAGUGCUAGAUUUGUUGAUAAUGAUGCUAUAUUCAAACCUACCAAUUUUAUAUCAAUUUUAAGCUAUAUUUUUUCUAGUACGCUGAUCAUAACUGGAUCAGCUAUAGCAUGCUACGAGACAUAAUUAAUUCAAGAUAAUCUAUAUUAUUUUAGCAUAGAAGCAAUUAUACUUACAUUAAUUAUGCUAUUCUUUAUUAUUGGAGAUGUUUUUAAAGAGCAUGAUUAUUUUACUCAUGACCUUGCUUCAGAUAAAAAAUCCAGAAUUUACAUUGAUGAUGGAACAGCUAAAAAAGAUCCUCUAAUGUCUAUGGAUGUUAGAAAUGAGCUAGAAAAAAAUGUUUUAGAAAAGUCUUUAGCAUAUGAUAGAAUGAAUAAUAGUAAUCUGAACAAUACAAAUACUCUGUUAAAAAACAAAAGUCUAAAAAAUGGCCAAUCAUCUAUUUAAGAGAUAGAGGCUGCAGACUUGAAUGAAAGCUCAUUGUAUAAUUCCAUGCUAAACUCUUAGCAUAAAAUAAAAAAACAAUAAAAUGGAGUUAUAGUAGAGGAAGACGGUGAACAAUCAAACAGACAAAAGAAAAAUGGUAAGGAGUCUUCAAUACAAAAAUCUGCCACUAAAAAUGGGGUUCUAUCCCCAUCGAAUACAGAGCGCUUUGGAUAAUCUUCUAGAUUAAAUGGUGAUAAAAGCAAACGAGCUAAUUCUUAAGAAAAUGUAAACAGUAAGGUAGUCGCUUCACAAACUGAUAUUGUUGGAGCAGCUGGAGCCAAGUUAGCUAAAGAUUCAUCUAAAAACCUCAAAAAAUCUUAGAAAUCUUUGAAAGAUAAAAACGAGAAAGUAGAAUCAAACAAGAACAAAGCUUCAUCAUCAUAAUCUCCUGAUAAGAAUGGAGCUGCUCAAUCUUCAAAUAAAAGCCCAAAAAAUAAUAAUUUAAAUAAGAGCUAAAAAACCCUAGAACAGAAUAAAAAGCUGAAUGAAGAUGGAGAACAAAUAUUAAAUGGUAAAGACUGUCACCAUUUAAUAAGAGUUUAUGAUAAAAACGGAAAUAGUAGCAGUAAACCAAAUUUAAAUUAAACUAAUAAUAUGUCACCCAGUCCUAAGUAGUAAAACGGUAGCAAGAGUCCUUCAAAAGGAGGAAAAAAUAAAUCUAGUGCUUCACCUAAAAAGAAUGGAGUCAAAGGAAAAGAUGCUAAAAAUAAGUAAAAUAGUCAAGGCUUGAUUGGCUUGGAAGAUGAAAUUGAGAGUGCCUAUAACCCAACUGAAGGAGGAAGACAGUUUAAUGGAAUUAAAAACUUAUAAACUAAUGACAGUAAAGAUGUUUAUAGCAAUAAUAGUAGCAAUAAGGCCAACGAUCAUCUUUUACAAGAUAAAAAAUAAAAUCCUGAAGGAGAAAAAAGUGAUAAUAAAAAAGGUUUUAAAGAUAAAAAAAUACUUGAUGAUGCUAGUGGCUUAAAUGAUGAUGCUGACAGUGAAGGCGAAAAUAUUAUUUAAGAUACCCCAAGUAAUUACAACUAUUUAAAUAUGAGAUUUGAAAGCAAAGAUUUAAUGAAUAUGUAAAACACAAAACCUUACCAUAAUAAUUUACUGGCUUCAACUGGUAUGAAGACUCUACCUGUUAACAAUGCUUCUCCUUUGAAUUAUGGAGCUCCUUCUCCCCUUGAUCCUGGAUAUUCAACAUCUUCUUCUCAAAUACAGUUUAACUCAGCCUCAAAGGCUCCACUCUAUAACUAAUUCUUUACGCCUGCAGAAUCUCCUACAAGGUAAUAAUCCUCAACUUUACGCCAAUCAGCUAAUAAUUCCCUCAAUCGCAACAAAAGCGGAAAGAAAAAGCUCAGCCUUACUCCAUAAAACUAUAACUAUAGUGCAAAUUAAUCUCCUUUAAGAAACGGAAAUACUUAAUCACCCUAAAGAAAUGGAAAUCAUUAUUCAAUUACUCCAACAAGUAAUACGUUUGCAAAUAAUGCAAAUAAUAUAAUGAAAACUCACUCAGAUUACGAAGAAGGAAUAAAGAUAUCGAAAAUCUUGGAGUAAGAAUAGUAAAAAAAUGGUAGAAGCACCGUUCAGCCAUUUUUUACAACUUAAAAAAUGACUUAAUCUGAUAAGCAGAAAUAGGACUACUUGGAUAACUAUGACUACUCCGUUCCCCAUACAACUAUCAAUGCAAAUCAUAUUAACACCAACGACUUCUAAACAGAAUCUUCAAAAGGAAGAUCUACUUCAAAAAACAAAGCGAAAUCAAACUCUCGUAAUCUUAAAACUCUUGAUAAUGAUCCAAAAAUAAAACAAUUGGAAGAUAUUUAUAAUUAAAAGCUUGUACCUUUCUAAAGCAGAGUUGCUUUGAAUAAUUAAUAGCAGAAUGCAAGUCAUUCUAAAGUUAACAAAAAACCUAUUAACGGAUUGUCUAUAGCAGAUCCUUCUAAUUUUAGCGAUUACGAAGGUGAUUAAAAUCCUGGCUACUUCUGA